ACAUUCAACAUUUGCCACUUCGCGUUCCGAAAGUACAGUGGCGCCAGUCAGCCCUACAGACUGCUUAUUCGUGUUUUGCCAGGAUCGCGAUAUCAUAAUCACCACUACUUCUACUUACCGUAUCUCUCAACCUUCUCUUCGCUUGCCCUGUCGUUAGACGACGAUCUACACCACAAUGCCUCGCAAAGCCACCCAACAACUAGUGGGGCGUAGAAUCACCACGAGGACGUCCCGCACCGUCGCGACCGUCGUGGACAACUCGCUUCAUGCUCCCCCGACCCCGAUCCCUUCUAAUCUCAAUACUCCGCUGAGUUCUGCCUACCCGUCGACUUAUGCCUCCGAGGCCGAGGGGGACGUUGACGGAGAGGAUGUCACCAAAGCCAUGGGCGCAUUAACCUUGGCUGGCUCUGCCGAAGUGACUGGUGAAGCUUCUGCCCCCCCAAAGCCUCUCUCCCGACUAGCCAGAAGGAAACAAAAGCCGUUUCCCUUCCUAGAGUUGCCGGCCGAACUCCGAGUUAAGAUCUACGAAUACUUCUUCGACGACACCCACUACGUCCUCGACCUAGACCCGGACAAUUACAGGCGCAUCCACAAGAAGCUGGGCUUCUUGCGCACCUGUCGGACCAUCAGCCUCGAGGCCGGCUACCUCUUCUACAGCACACACACCUUCCGCAUCUUCCCCACCCACCCGGGCAAACACUUCAAGACCAAGAAGCCUCUGCUUGCCCGUAUGAGCGCCCGCCAGCGCUCCUGGAUCACCAGUCUCGAGAUGCGCCUCGGCCCCGGCUGGAACAAGCCACCGCGCGGCUGGGUUGUCAACCCGGCCCUGGGAUUGCACGAGUGCACCAGCGUGCGCAAGCUGACCGUUUUUGUCGAGUGCGACCCCAGCGACGGCAUUUUUAAUGGCUUCCGUCGCGCCGACGACUUCUACGAGGGCUUCUCUCGUGGUCUGCUGACGGACGUGCUCACCGAAAUGCCCUUUGUCGAACACGUUACCUUUGACGCGUGGAGCAGCGUCCGGAAGAAGGGCGCCAUGAUGCGCGGGCUGAUCAAUACAGCGCUGUCGCAUGGGAAGCAGAUUCUGUGGGGACCCGAGAGAGGCUGGUCUGAUUUGGAUAAUGAAGAGGAUAUCGUGGUACCUACGAACGACAUGGUGGCUACUGCACUGCUUAAUGGUGUCGGUAUGGACGUUGUCAUUGUUGCUUGACGUGUUCACGCCGCAGGUCAAUAAUGAAGGGUAUGAUGGUGGUCUGGGAGCAUAUUGGGUUGGGACAGGCGUUUUUGGGUUAGUUUGGGAUUGCAUUGCGAACUGCUUUUAUCUGGAAGUUGUACAAUAUGAAGAGCGCACCAUGACGUCGCUACUCAAUCUAUCGGGGUACGUUAAAGUGUGUUUAGUCCCUAUUACGAGCCGAGAGCCAUUUGACUCGCAUUUCUAAAGAACUUGACCGAUAAAUUGAGUCUUAUCUCGUGAAG